AUGGACUUUUCGCCCGCAGUCCAUCUGCAAUCGGCGCCUCCGCGUGUUGAGGAAACCACCGCCAGCCGGCCACAUAAGCGCCACUUGUGUGCGACCGCUCGCCCGGAACGCACGAGUAGCAGAGAUGCGGCUGCGAUGGUGGUGGGAGUGGGAGCUGCAGUGAAGAAGUCUAAAACGAUGAUAGAGGUGAUGAGAAUAGUGGCGGAGUGGAAUGUCAUGGUGAUGGGACAAAUGCAGGUGACUGCUAUAGCACCGGUGAAGAUGGGGGAGUUGGUGGAGAUGGAAAUAGUGUCGAUGGUGAUGCUGAUCGUGGUGGGUGUGAUAAUGUGCUGA